GUUCUUGAAGGACCAGAAACUAGCCUUCUGGUUUUUCCAGAGCCGAGGGUGUUUUUGUAACAUAUCAUAUCGAUAUCCCCUAUUUGUCUAACCAAUUUCUCAGGCUUGUUUCGUCUGUACUUCUUGGUUUCUCGGAUCGAGUCGUGUACCAAAGUUUUGAAAUUCUUUUGGUAUGUUAUGAGUGGUUUUUUCGAGGAAUCCAUGCAAGAUUUGGGAUGACAAUUUGAAGGUGGUUGUGAUCGGAUUAGAGUUGACGAGGCAAAAGGAAAAGAUGAAUUGCUUCCAAUGUUGCAUGUCAGAAGAGAAAAUCACCAGGAAGUCGUUAAAAAAGAGUAUCAAGGAAUACCAUGACACCAAAACCUUAGCCUCUUUUGCUAACAUUUCCUUCAAAACAGACAGCAGCAGGAGGAAGUACAUUGCCGAAGAGAUAGCGAAGGUUGGCAAAGGAAAUAUUUCGGCUCAGAUUUUUGCUUUCCGGGAACUUUGUGUUGCAACUAACAACUUCCAUCCAGACAAAUUGAUAGGCGAAGGCGGUUUUGGGAGGGUUUACAAAGGGAAACUUGAUGUCACAGAACAAGUUGUUGCUGUUAAGCAACUAGACAGGAAUGGAUUCCAAGGAAACAGAGAGUUCCUUGUAGAAGUUUUGAUAUUAAGUCUUCUUCACCAUCCCUACCUCGUCAAUUUGGUUGGGUAUUGCGCGGAUGGCGAUCAGAGGAUUUUGGUGUAUGAGUACAUGGCCAAUGGAUCCCUAGAGGACCAUCUUCUUGAUUUAACUCCAGGAAAAAAGCCUUUGGAUUGGAAUACUAGGAUGACAAUUGCAGCAGGGGCAGCAAAAGGACUUGAAUACUUACAUGAACAAGCGAAUCCCCCUGUGAUAUAUCGGGAUUUCAAAGCAUCCAACAUACUUUUGGACGAGAACUUCAAUCCAAAACUUUCCGAUUUUGGUCUUGCAAAGUUAGGUCCAACCGGGGGUAAGACUCAUGUAUCGACCAGGGUGAUGGGGACCUAUGGCUACUGUGCACCUGAAUAUGCACUCACAGGGCAGUUGACAACGAAAUCCGACAUUUACAGCUUUGGAGUUGUGUUUUUGGAGAUAAUCACAGGACGGAGAGUCAUAGACAAUAACAGACGAACUGAGGAGCAGAAUUUAGUUACUUGGGCACAACCAUUAUUUAAAGACAGAAGGAAGUUUACAUUAAUGGUAGAUCCAUUGCUAGAAGGGAAUUACCAUAUCAAGGGUCUUUACCAAGCUCUAGCUGUUGCAGCAAUGUGUCUCCAAGAAGAAGCUGCUACACGACCACUGAUCAGUGACGUUGUAACGGCGUUAGAGUAUUUAGCUGUAGAUGGCGAAGCAGAUGAUGCGAAUGGUGAUGGAAAUGUCUGACACUACUGAUGGUGCUAGUGUUGAGGGUAAGGGGGUACAUAAUGAGAAAGGGAGCCUAUGGAUUCUAAUGUUUCAUGAAAUCAAAAUGUGAUCAUAUCAUGUUGUGUUGUAGCUAGCUAGGCUGCUCUGUAAAAUACCAACUCCGUGCCAUUACCGAAAAAUUACUUCUUUUAUCCACUUUUGGUGUUAGCAUGCUGGUGAGAUUUUUGGUGAUCAUUCUGUGAUUAGAAGUUGUGACUUGUGACACAAGAAUUGUAAGUUUGAUCAUAAAAGAAUUGGGGAAGGGUGAGGCACUUUAACUAGGCAGGCUCAAAUGGCCCAAAAAGAGAACAAGCUUACCCCAAUUCAAAUGGGAGAGAUGUUCGAACUAGGAUGCAUGUAGUGGAAACAUGGUCUUAGACAAUUGAUCUGACUCACAUA